AUGAGUGAACAAAACAUUACAUCACCUCAGUGCUGGUCCAAAUUACUCUGUUUAGCACAGUCAGCAAAUGAUGGAAGUGGUGGCAGAGCAAAUCAACUCAUGUCUAAGCAAGAUCAAAAAUUUGUCGAGAACGCGAUGGCUGAAGCGAUGAGCUGUUCAGAUCCCGUGAGGCAUAUGAAAAAAAAUAUUGAACAACUAAAACUUAUCACUAAAACUAAUGACGUCGAUAGCGUUACUCAAAUUGUAGAUAAUUUGGAAGAACUGGUUUGUGAUAUCGACUGUGCUGCUGACUUCUGCAAGUUGGGUGGUCUAGUUGAAGUGAUUAGGCUUUUAAAAAGUGAUUAUGAUUCAGUUCGAUGUGAGAUAGCUCGAUUAAUACCACUGUUAGCACAAAAUAAUCCAUAUGUUCAAAAUAUCGUUUUGGAGACCGAUUUACUACCUUAUUUGCUAAAUGUUCUGGAAGAAAUCAAUGCAUCUGAGGAAUUACUGGUAAAGACUUUGAGCAGCUUAUCUUCACUUGUUCGAGGACAUACAGAGACAUUCAGUCAGUUCUACCAAUUGAGAGGUCUAGAAAAAAUCGAGAAUGUAUUCCAGAAAGCAAUAGAUAUGCAUCGUUUUAAGCUGGCCAACAAAGUAGUUCUCAUUACAACAAGUAUAGCAAUCAGUCUUGGAUCUGAUGUAAAGCAGUAUAAUAUUCUACCCAUUUUAUUUCGAACGACGCUACAGCUAACACCAGAUAGCGUAGGAUGUUCUUAUUUUCUUGAUUAUCUUAUGAAUAAUAUUGUGGAUAAGGAAGUAGACAACAAUGAUCUCAAAAGUGAUGAAUUCAAGUUGAACUUUAUGGAAUUUGAUAAUCAGUCUAAGCAACACUUUUGCGACUUCUUGAAAAGACAGUUGAAUUAUGAGGAACAAUUUCCUCAUGAGGGCUCUCCAGGACGUCUUAAGAGUAUCUUACUGGACGAAGACAUAAGAAAUUUCAAAUUCGAAGAAGGUUUGAAGACAUCAAAUAACCUGUGA